AAAAGAUCAACCCAGAUCCAACCGCUCCCUCCACCCCUCAAUCCGGCUUUUGGUAAUAUCCAAGAUAUUUCAUUAGCCUCAGAUCAAGAUGUGUGGUAUUUUUGCUUGCCAUUGCCACCCUGAUGUGCAAAAAUUCAAGCCAACCGCUUUGAAAUUGGCAAAGGCCAUCCGUCAUCGUGGCCCUGACUGGAGCGGAAACUUGAUCUCCAACAACACGAUUCUCGCACAUGAGCGUCUCAGUAUCGUCGGCGUUGACUCCGGAGCACAGCCUCUGGUCAAUGACGAGAAAACCAUUGCUCUUGCUGUCAACGGCGAGAUCUACAACCACAGAAUUCUCCGCAAAGGCCUGAAGAACCCGUAUCACUUCCAGACCCACUCCGACUGCGAGGUUAUCAUUCCAUUGUAUAAGGAACAUGGACUGGACGCACCGAAAUAUCUCGACGGAAUGUUCGCUUGGGUUUUGUAUGACAAGGAACAGGACCGUACCAUCGCUGCGCGCGACCCUAUCGGAGUGGUCAGUUUCUACCAAGGAUUUUCCAGCAAGGAGCCUGGUGCUGUCUACUUCGCUUCCGAGCUGAAGUGCUUGCACCCCGUCUGCGACAAGAUUGUUGCCUUCCCCCCCGGUCACGUCUAUGACUCCAAGACCGGCGAGAUGACCAGAUAUUUCCAGCCCAACUGGUGGGAUCCUACCAACGUGCCCUCUACGCCAGUGGACUACAAGUUGAUUCGCGAGUCCCUUGAGAGGUCGGUUCGCAAGCGAUUAAUGGCCGAGGUCCCUUACGGUGUACUUCUGUCAGGUGGCCUGGAUUCCAGUCUUGUGGCUGCCAUUGCUCAGCGCGAGACCCUCAAGUCAGAAGAGGCACGGAGGAAGCUGGGCUUGACUGAUGCUCAGGCGCUCGAGAAAUCUACCGACGGCCUUGUUGGAAUCAACGACGACAAUGAACUGUCCUCUGUCACAAUCCUCCCGCAGCUUAACUCUUUCUCCAUUGGCCUUCCUGGCGCUCCGGAUACCAAAGCCGCCCUUGAAGUCGCCAAGUUUUUGGGUACAAGACACCACGACUUCACUUUUACCAUCGAGGAGGGCCUUGAUGCUCUCUCCGACGUUAUUUUCCAUCUGGAAACCUACGAUGUUACUACAAUUCGCGCGUCGACUCCUAUGUUCCUCCUCAGCCGUAAAAUCAAGGCGAUGGGCGUGAAGAUGGUCCUCAGUGGAGAGGGUAGUGACGAGAUCUUCGGUGGCUAUCUCUACUUCCAUGCCGCUCCGGAUAGGAAGGCGUUCCACGAGGAGACUGUUCGAAGGGUCAAGAACUUACAUUUGGCCGACUGCUUGCGAGCCAACAAGUCUACGUCUGCGUGGGGUCUCGAAGCCCGCGUUCCUUUCCUUGACAAACAGUUCUUGGAAACGUCGAUGAGUGUGGAUCCCGCAGAGAAGAUGAUUACGAAGGAUAGAAUCGAAAAAUACAUCCUGCGCAAGGCAUUUGACACUAGCGACGAGCCUGACAACCCCCCAUACCUCCCUGAACAUAUCCUGUGGAGACAGAAGGAGCAAUUUAGUGAUGGCGUCGGCUAUGGCUGGAUUGAUGCCCUCAAGGACAACGCCGAGAUCCAUGUCACCGAUGAGGACAUGAAGAACCCUAAGCCUGAGUGGGGUGAUGAUAUCCCUGAUUCUAAGGAGGCUUACUGGUAUCGCACAAUGUUUGACGAACACUUCCCACCAACCUGCGCUUCUACUGUCAUGCGCUGGACCCCGACCUGGUCCAAGCAGACCGACCCGAGUGGACGGGCUAUCUCGUCUCACGUCGCCCGUUACGAUGGCAAAGAGUAGGCCCGUAACUUUUACACUGGGUAAAGCCGGUGUUGAAGUUGAUUCAAAACAGUCUCAAGAUUCCCCGGGUAAACCUGGGGCCCAAAUCAAGUUCUGGGUUUUUGUGCAAUUAGUUUCGUCAUACAAUAUCCUUUUGGUCGUCCAUAGAACCCUUGCUAGUCAGUUCAAAAGUAUUGCGGAUCUGGUAAGCUUGUAGAUACGAUAGUUAUAAAAAGUACCACCAGUUAAUGGC